AUGCCCAGAAGGCUGAGACACACCAUUGCCAUUGAGCAUCCUGUGAUGAAGAUUGUUGGUAGGAAAUCAGCAAGGGCAGCUAGCAAAAGAGGUGCAAUUCAGGCAUUCAAAAGCUGGUGUCGAUUCGCAGUAGAAAAGACAUGUCGCGAAAAGCCAAUGCGAAAGAUCAAAAAGAAAGCUGUGUCUAAGCGACGAUUGCCGCAAUGUCUCAAAACACAGCCAAAGCCUAUUGACUCGCUACGAUAUGAGUUUGCCUGUAAGAAGCUGACGGUCUCUCAGUCGUUGAGAUCAAACAGGAAGAAGAAGGAAAGUCGCCACAAGAUACAAUUUGGCAACUAUCUGAUAGACACUUGGUUUACAUCUCCUUAUCCAGCAGAGGUGUAUGCGCAAUCCAAGUUCUUUGUUUGCGAGUUUUGCUUUGUUUCUAUCAAAACGGUUGCUAUGGCUAAAAGACACAAGGACAAAUGCUGCAUAAAAUGUCCUCCUGGAAAUGAAAUUUACAGGCAAGGGAAUAUAUCCAUAUUUGAGGUGGAUGGCCACAAAAAUAAGAUGUACUGUUUGAAUUUAUGCCUAUUAGCCAAGCUAUUCCUUGAUCACAAGACGCUAUUCUACGAUGUAGAGCCUUUUUUAUUCUACAUCAUGACAGAGACAGAUCAAAACGGCUGUCAUUUUCGAAAAGGUUAUGGGCAAUAUUUGAUUGAUUUCAGUUACCUGUUGACAAAACGUGAGAGCAAAGUCGGCACGCCUGAGAAACCAUUGUCAGCUUUAGGCUCGCUAGGAUAUCAACGCUACUGGGAUUACACUGUUUUAAAGCACCUUACGUUUGAAGAACAUGAGCAAUGCCAAAGCAUAGAUGGGAUGACUCCUGACGAUAUCGUUGCUGCUUUACAGAGAAACAGCCUAUUAAGAUUGAGCGAUGGUCAGUACGAAUUACAUAUCAAUCAACAAGACAUUGAGCGACAAUUAGAAGAGAUCGAAUCAAAGAUAAAAUUGCGCAUCGACCCUACAAAGCUGAUGUGGACACCUCCCAGCUACAGUCAUGUUCAUCUGGAUACAUUGGAGGUCCUGGAUUAUUUGAGCAAUAUUUAA